UCUCGCUGUCAGUCAGUGUCCGCUCAGCCAUGGGUCCCGCUCGAGUGCUCUGGCGGCUCGGCUCUCUGCUGCUGUUCCUCCUGGCUUUAGACAAUGCCCUGGGAGCUCCCACGUCCACGCCUGGGGAGCAAGGAGGCUGUCAACAAUACACAAAUAAAACUUGUGAGGAAUGCCUGAAAAAUGUCACAUGCUUAUGGUGCAGCAGCAGCAAGAAAUGCAUGGAAUAUCCAGUUCGGAAUAUCCUCCCUCCUAGGUCUCUCUGCGAGUUGAGUUCUGCACGCUGGGGUGUCUGUUGGGUGAAUUUUGAAGCUCUAAUUAUUACCAUGUCUGUGGUGGGAGGAAGUAUCCUUAUUGCUUUGUGUAUUUGCUGCUAUUGCUGUUGCAGGAAGAAAAAGAGCAGAAAGCCAGAUAAGGAAGAUGAAAAAGCUGCAAGACAGAGGGAGGAAAGAAGAGUAAAGCAGGAAGAGAGGAGAGCAGAGAUGAAGUCUAGGCAUGAUGAAAUCCGAAAAAAAUACGGUUUGUUUAAAGAAGAGAACCCGUAUGCCAAAUUUGAAAACAACUAAGAUUUCUUUUGGAAUGCCAAAAUAAGUUUGGGCAAUGCUGUCUGUAGAAUGUGCAGUACAGCUGUUAAGAGAUCAUGUAUUUAUUUUAGAUGCCUUACUUAAAUGGAGGAAAGUCCUCAUACAAAGACAAAGCUAACUGUAACUGCAGUGAGCUGUUAACAAACAAUGAGAUGAAUGAAUAAGCCAAACAUACCUCGGAAAAUCUGGAUAGCCUUGCAGGUUUCUGUUCUGCAGGCAUAACUAUGCUAAUACAGUAUCUCGCCUGUAUUAUAUACCCUUGUUAGCCAAGUCUUGAACAAACUCCUUCAUGGGGAGAAAUGAUGGGCAUGCUUACAGUCCUUUCUGUGAUCACAAAAUUUAGCUGUUGAUCUAAGAGUAGGAGUGGGCUAUGUGUGUAGGGUAGGGAUGUGCACGGAACUGUUGGCAAUGGGUUCGGCGGGGGGGUUUACCUUUAAGGAGCAGAGAGGGUGCUCUUCCCCGCCCCCCACCGCACCGUGUGUGUGUGUGCACACAUGUGGCAUGUGCACUUGCACUGGGCACUUCUGUUCCAAUGUGCACCAGGGCAGCAAGAAGAUACACUGCCUCCCUGUAGGACCGUUUUUAAGCACGGCGCUGGUAGGCGAGGGGAGGGGGAGUAAGAGCACUCUCCCUGCUCCUUAAAGGUACCCCCCCAUCAAACCGGCCGAACCACCGUUCCUUCAAACCAAUUCGGAGAUCCGUAACAGAGUCUUCAAACUGGUUCGUGCAUGUCCCUAGUGUAGGGUUCUAGUUGACUAUCUGGUAAUAUUAGCUAGAUAGGUCAAAAGGAACAUGAGCCUUAAUUGUGCCACUAAAGUGCCUAAAUUAUUUUGUUUGCAGCACAGAUCUUUUUAAAUUGGGAUUGUGAGGGUUUGCACUUUUAUAGAUUAAUACUCUUCUCAAAUUUGAAUUGUGCUAAAUAUCUCUCCUUGCUCUGUUCUUGUGCCUUUUUAAUAGCUUUGUAACUGCAGAAGUAGUGAGAAUGCUAUGUUGGCAGUAGUAUAUGGAUUUUAUAUCUGUGCUCAUUAAAUUGCCUGUAUCUAGAGUUUUAAAGGCUUAGUUAUAUUUAAGUACUCUGAAAGCCCAGUUGAACUACUUCUUGCUUUAACAAGCACUGCUUCUAAUAAGAUAUUACCAAGUCCCAAUUAUAUCUGAAGCAAUGUAUAAUCUCGGAAAGAAUGUACCUAGUAACCAAUGACUCUGAAGAAUGAAAAGGUGGUUUUCUGAAGUAAAGAACCACAAUGAAGCCUUGAGGUAAACCUCUGGUGCCCAGAGUAAGGCCAGUCUCACUUGAUGCAAUAGCCUGUCUUUCAGGCUGUUCUACAUCUGAAUCUAUGUACUGGCAUCUGAAAUGAUUUUUAAAACAAGGCAGAUCAAACCAUACAUAAGGAACAGUUUGGCUAAUGUUUGUCAACCCAAAGAGUGGAUUGAAAAAGCCACCCCGAAGAAAUAAGGAGGGGAAUGUUCUCAAAAAACAUCUGAAAAGAAACAUUGUUUUCUAAGAUACUUACUAAACACAGCAUCUGCCUGGGAAGCAAACUAAAUGUGUGAAACACUAGGUCAUCUGCAUGGAAUGUAAAGGUGAGAAAUGUGACAUGGUGAUUACACUAUUGGUUUCCUAUUCAUAACACUUUCUUUUCUACUUUCCCCUAUAGUUUAAAAGCAUUGGAUAGCAGAUAGUUUACAUGUGACACAUGCCCAUGUAACUUUUCAGAAAAAAUCUGGUGCAAUUAAUUUGAUUAGACUUUAGAAUGUUAUCUUAACAUCUGUACAGGUGUCAAAAGUGACACAAAAUGCAUGCAACUCAUUUAAGCUAAUAGUGUAUAUACUCCUCUGCUGAGAGCUCACUGUGAUCUUGUAUAAAGCUCUGCCAAGCUCUCAAGAUUCCUGCCUAAAUUGUGUAGUACUGGUAAUACAUUCCACAAAUAUCAGAUGUUGUAUCAUGAGAAGCUUUCAUACGGUGUUCUGUUGUAUUGUUGAAAUUGAACGAAUUCUUAGCUAAAAAAAUAAACAGAUUUAAGAAAU